GGUCGAUCGCGUCCGGAGAGCCGGCGAAACGAUGGCCAUGGCUGCCCCAAGCCGUUGAAAUGAUGGGCGCACGAGCGCCGAUGCGGCUCCUGCUAGUAAUAGCCGCGCUCGCGGUCGUGAACGGCCAGAGCGCCAUGGAGGAGGAGUGCCGCCGGGAGAUCACGUCUCCGGUCUUCACGAACGCGACGCUGCGCGACGCCGUCGCGCGGUUCUGGGAGGACAAGAGCACGGCGGAAUCUAUAUAUGGUCCGAUGAAGUGCUGGAAUGUUGCCGAGGUCACGGACAUGGAGGGCCUCUUCUCCGACGCGGGGUUGGUGGGCGUCGCGCGCACGUCGCAAGCUGCGUUCAACGAACCUAUUGAAUUUUGGGUCGUCGACAAGGUGACGAACAUGAAGGACAUGUUUAAAUACUGCACGAACUUUAGACAACGAUUGCAAGCCUGGGACCCGCGCCGCGUCACGAGCAUGGAGGGCAUGUUCUUCUACGCCUCGGCCUUCAACCAGGAUUUGGGCUGGUGCCUGCAUUCAAGUGUCGAUAUGACCUCGGCGUUCUCGGGCACGAUGUGCGAGUCGGCGACGCCGCCCUGCGGCGUCGACACGCAGGGGUCCGGGACUGGGACCGGGAUCUGCCCCUUCCCGACGCCCGUACCGACGCCGGCGCCCUCGAUCUCGCCCGUGCCGACGGUGACGCCCGUCCCGUCCGGCGCGCCUUCGCUCAUACCCACGCCGCAGCCCACGGAGUACCCCACUCUCACAAGAUGCAAGGUGUGCAGCUCCCAGAUUUUUGAGGGCCAAUGCGAAGAAGGUACGAAGGAGGCCACGCCCAAGUGGGACACCUGGGACUGCAUGGCGGACGACGUCUGCUGCGCGUCGAACAAAGACGACUGCUGCGAGCCCGUCGUCGAUUGGCGCCCCUACGCCGCCGGCGCGGCCGUCGCCUUCAUUUUGAUUGCUGGGUAUUUCGGGGGCAAGUGCCUCGCGGGCUGCCGCAAGAAGAGCUGGCCCGGGGUCAUCACCGCGUUGAGAAAUGAAAAAGGAAGAGUCGUGCCUCAUUUAGAUCGGAAAGAAAAAAAGCGGUUUUAUGAUGUCGCAUAUGAUGACGGCGAGACGGAGACCAGGAUACCUUCGAAGCAAAUCCAGCGGCGCCAGGGCCCGCCCGAGACGCGCGCGCCGCUGCUGGUCGGAGAGGAGGUCAAGGUCAAGUCCGAGAAGCGCAUGCGCAAGGAGAAGGCCCUGAAAAUUGCGAAGAUCAACCGCGAACGGAACGCGAAGCGGUACGCGAAGAAGAGGAAGUCGCUCGACAGAGGGCCCAAGACGCUGGCGGACCGGCAGCGGGCCGCCCAGGAGCGGGAGGAGGGCAAGGGCUGCUGCGGGAAAUUGCUCAAGGCGCUCGGGCUCGGUGGUGCCCCGGCGGAGAAGGCCGGGCCCGAGUCGCCCUACGCGCGCCGCGAGCGCCUAAGAAGACAGCGAGAAGAGCAGAAGAAGAAGAAGCGCCGGGCGGCACGCAAGAUGGCGGCCCAGGUCGAGAAGGUCGACGAGGAGGAGGUCAUCGACUAUGCGGGCUUGGCUGUGGAGUUCGAGAAGACGACGAUGACCUUGGCCCACUACCUGCCGUGGUACCAGUUCGACCGGGAGAAGACGGAGGUCGGCUUCCACUGGACGCUGAAGGACAACGGGUUCCGAUUCGGGGGCGACGGGAGCAUCGCGGCGCACUGGUCGCCCAUCAUCGGUCCCUACGACGGACGAGACCGAAGAGUGGUCAGGUACCACCUGCUACUCAUGAAGGAAGCUGGUAUCAAAGGUGUGGUCUGUCGGUGGUUCGGGACGCAAGAUAGCUAUUACGCGGAACACAAUCUGAGAGCUGCGGAUGUGCUGCUCGAGGAGUGCUGCAAGGAGGGCAUGAAGUUCACGAUCUGCUGGGACGACCGCGGCGCGUUUGCCGCCAGUGGCCAGAAGACCUGGCGCAGUUCCCUCGAUAGCACCGCUUCUGUGAUGGAGCAAGAGGCAGCCUUGGUCGACGCAUUGGCGAAGGAUUUCGUGUAUUUGCGGGACCAUUACUUCGACAAGUCGGCGUAUAUCAGGCACGGUACGUUCGAUGAACCGGUCGUUUGUCUACUGGGCCCCACAAAAAUCACGAAGGCGAGGGUCUGGGACGAGGUCUGCAAAAAGGUCUUCCCGGACCUGGAGAAGCGGCCGAAAUUAUUAGCGAUGCAGGGGUCGGCGCUGCAGGAGGCGCACGCCGUGGACGUGGGGCUGUACGCGUGGCUACCUAGAAAAAUGCAGCCGCAGUGUACCUUAAGAGGUGUGGGGGAUUUUGUCGACGACUUUUAUGAAGAUCCGGCGGCGCUGAUGGGGAGCGCGUUUCCCUCGUAUCGGGACUAUUAUGCGGAGGGCAACGAUGGACCUAGGCGAGGCUUCAUCGGGCCGCACCGCGGGAAGACGUUAGAUGCGGGCUUGGAUUCAGCGCAGCGGUGGAAGCCGCCCUUCCUGCAGUUGUUGACUUGGAACAACUGGCAGGAGGGGACGCAGCUCGAACCGAGUCGCGAGGAACGGUUCCUGCGGUUAUUGAGGUUGCAGAAGCGAUUAGUGGGUAAAAAUGACGACGCCGCCGAGGCGGCCUUCGUCGCGAUCCACGCCAAGGCCAUGGAGGUCUUCCGGACGGAGCGCGCCGAGAUUCCCGAGUUAAGUGAUGCGGGCCCGCCCCCCGAAGAGCACAUGUUCAACUUGAAAGCGGCUUUCCCCGAGGCGGCGAUGGAGCGCGACGCCGACCGCCUCGAGAAGGCGAAAUUACCGUUUGACAAGCCGCGCGAGAAGGAAAAAGUGGUCUUCGGGCCGCCCUCCGACUCUUUACUAACAGAGGAGACCGCAUCUUCGUCGUGGAUGUCCAUGUCGUUGGCUGAUGGUGAGGACGCGCCGCCGGCCGAGGGCUUCUUCGCGGACCUCGAGGGCUACUCGGAGCCCGAGUCUGAUGAGGAGGAACAAGUGCCGCAGUCGCCCGUGCCGCCGUCGCCCGACGCGCUGUCGCAGAACUUGGAUGGAUUUACGGACUACCGGGCCUCGCGCUGGUCGUUCGUGGAGGACGACGAGUGCUACGAGGCGGCCGCGCCGGCGCCGGCGCCGGCGCCCGCGCCGGCGGCCGCGCCGGCGCCCGUCCAAGCUCCCGCGCCCGAGCCCGCCCAAGCGCCGGCGCCGGCGCCCCCAUCAAUCCAAGAGGAGGCGCAUGUCGUCAUCGAGGUCGAGGACGACGCGACGGACGCGCGCUUCUCCAAGGCCGAGGCCUUCGGCAGCCCCGGCUCCGACGUGUCUGGUUCUAGAAUCUGGGCCGACUACGAGGAGGAGACCAAGGUCGAGCCCGCGUCGCGGCGGUCCUCCCGCAGAUCUUCUCGGCGGUCGUCGCGUGGCACUAGAAGACGGUCGAGAUCCCGGGACCGGAGUCGGUCGGCGUCGACGACCGACGAGCCCAUGUUCGAGGUCGAGGAGGGCCCGACCAUCGACCAGUGCAUCAAGGAGCGGCUGGACGAAUUAAGGGUGGACCAGCACAAGGGCCUCGAGGCGGGGCGCGUCUACGGGUACGUCGCGUCCGUCGAAAAGGGCACGAUGCACAUGCCGCGGCCGCUGAAAUUCAAGCGCAACACGGACAUCCUGAAGAGUGCGAAUGAUGUGGAAGAGGUCGCGAACCUGGCCAUCGUGUGCCAGGUCGCCCUCGAGGAGUGCGAGGACUUCGACCAGCCUCUGACCGUUACUGUGGAAUGUCAUCUGCGGUCCAAGGUGCCGCUGCACGAGAUGACUCGAUUACAACGAAGAACGGCUCGGAGUCUCGCUAAAAGGCGAGCGAAGCGUGUGACCAACAUCAUGGAGGCCCACGGCAUUCCCAAGGUGAAUCUUGUCGCCGCGGGCGUCGGUGUGUCGGACACGCCGGGGUUGCUCGUCUUUCUAGAUGCUUGUUCUCGCGAAGCUGCCUUAAAGGCGGCCAUGAUGCCGGCCGUCGCGCCUCAACCAGUAUCAGACGACCCGCGCAAGGUCAAACGGACGCUGCCCUGGCAGAAGCGCAAGUCCGCGCUCGCGGAGGCGCGGGCCUGGGAUCAGAGGCCGGAAGCGCACAUCGUGGAACCGCGGCCGCCGUCGUCGGGCUACGGACGGGACGCCCGCGUCGCGCCGGCGAAGAAGACGCCCUCUUUAUUAUCAAAGCCGCACGCGACGCCGACGCGUUCAUUUGGCCGAUCACCGACCAAACAAGGGUCCGUGUUCAGCACGGCGGGCCGCGCGCCGCUGCGCAUGCCGACGUCCGGCCUCUGGACGCCGCACUGGCCGCCCAACGAAUUGGGGGACGAGGAGGACUUGAGACUCGAGCGGGAACGAGCACAACGCGUCGCCGACGCGCGCGCGGACACGACGGCUCGGGCCCGCGCGUCGCCGACGCGCGCGCUGUCGCCGCCGAAGCCCAAGCCGCCGACGCCUCCAUUGUUUGAAGAGGACCCGCUCCCGCUCGCGUCGCACGACCCGGAUAACCCGUCGCACGAGGGGCUCGUGGCGGUGGCGACGCGGACGGCGCGGCGCUGGAACGCGGCGCAGCGGCUCCGCCGGAGCCGCAACGUCGUGGGCCUCUCGCGCGACCAGCUCGCGCGCGACGUCGGCCACAUGGCGCCGCCGAAUCCGACGCUCCUACCGAAAUCCGUGCGGGCGCUGCGCUACGUCCUGGGCGGCCGCCAGGAGCCCCGCGACGACAUCCCGCAGCGGUCGCCGACGCGCGCGGAGACGUCGGGGCGGCGCGUCAUGGCGCAGCCGGGGACGACGUUUGGGAGCGGGAGGUAG